AUGGAUUCUGUGCAUGAAAAUAUUGUCCUCCUUGGCACUCUUCCGUGCAUGGCCAUAAAAGAUGAAGCAUUGCCCCGUCCAGUCAAGUAUGAGUCUUUAGGUGAGGGCCCAGCCCCUGUGCCUUCAACUGGACUAAAAUAUAUGGGAUGCCAUGUCUCUGGAGCAGGUGGAGUAUGGCUAGCCUUUGAGAAUGCAAAUGAGUGCAAUGCCAAGUCUUUUGCUCUCUUCCUGCGUAAUCAGCGCCAAUGGGUUGCCAAACCAUUAGAUGAAUUGACAGUGAAAAAGUGGAAAGAGGCUGCCAAGGAUACACCACCACAUCUCAAUUUUACCUCAUGGGUCGUACCUUAUGAACUUGGGCUCUCCCAACCCUGAGACAUUAGAUAAAAGUCGCAACAUGCUCCUUGAAGAAUUGCAGAGAUGUGAGAGACUUGGGAUACCACACUACAAUUUCCAUCCAGGAUCCACCACAGGUCAAAUCAGUCGUGAAGAAUGUUGCAAGCUCAUUGCUGAAAGUAUCAACAAAGCACAUGAACAAACUAAGGGAGUGAUAUGUGUUUUGGAAAAUAUGAGCUGUCAGGUAAUUUUUCAAAAGACAGAUAUUAAUAGAAAAUUUAGUGUGUGAAUAUUCUUAAGGAGCAGAUUAAUUAACUUCUUGCAGAGAAAAAAUAAGACGUUUCACUUCUUCA